AUGAACAGAAAGAGAUUGGCCAAUCAGAUUGCUCCGUUGCAUGUAGUCGUGGCAUCAACAGUGCCGGCGCCGCCAACCGCUGCCCUUCCGGUCGCUCCCACCACCACCACCCCGGCGGCUGACCUCUCCACACGUUUCACCGUCUGGUCGCACCUUCAGAUGCUUUUCUUCUCUCACCUUCAGAUGCUUUUCUUCUCUCACCUUCAGAUGCUUUUCUUCUCUCACCUUCAGAUGCUUUUCUUCUCUCACCUUCAGAUGCUUUUCUUCUCUCACCUUCAGAUGCUUUUCUUCUCUCACCUUCAGAUGCUUUUCUUCUCUCACCUUCAGAUGCUUUUCUUCUCUCACCUUCAGAUGCUUUUCUUCUCUCACCUUCAGAUGCUUUUCUUCUCUCACCUUCAGAUGCUUUUCUUCUCUCACCUUCAGAUGCUUUUCUUCUCUCACCUUCAGAUGCUUUUCUUCUCUCACCUUCAGAUGCUUUUCUUCUCUCACCUUCAGAUGCUUUUCUUCUCUCACCUUCAGAUGCUUUUCUUCUCUCACCUUCAGAUGCUUUUCUUCUCUCACCUUCAGAUGCUUUUCUUCUCUCACCUUCAGAUGCUUUUCUUCUCUCACCUUCAGAUGCUUUUCUUCUCUCACCUUCAGAUGCUUUUCUUCUCUCACCUUCAGAUGCUUUUCUUCUCUCACCUUCAGAUGCUUUUCUUCUCUCACCUUCAGAUGCUUUUCUUCUCUCACCUUCAGAUGCUUUUCUUCUCUCACCUUUCAGGGUGUCUCAAAGUCCACCCAGAAGAGGGGGAGGCACGGCAGGGGCGGCAGUGGAGGGUGGGGGCGGUGGACUGUGACCGGCUGGCCCAUCGGGCAUAUGAGCCGGGCACACCUGCUUACCGCCGCAUCGUGGACCUCUUUGGGCCCUCUGUCGUGCGCGCUGCAGAUGGUCAAAUCGACCGGGCAGCACUCGGAGCGCAAGUUUUUUCCUGCCCGGAGAAAAUGGCUGCCCUGACAGGAGUGGUGUGGCCAAUGGUGCGACAGAUAGUGGAGGAGGAGAGAGAGGCUGCAGGGGCAGGCGAAUGGGAGGUGGCAUUCGCAUCAACUGAAGUAGCAUAUACUUUUCCGGAGUCUACUGAAAAAGCAUCCUCUCUCUCCAAGCCGACUGCAACCGCGUCUUUUUCUAAGACGCGUGAAAGCUCGUAUACUAUCCGCCCCAUAGCUCCUCCUGCGGAUGUGCUUAUAGUGGAGGCUGCAAUGAUGGUUGAAGCAGGCUCGGACCGAACCGUGGACGAGGUCUGGGUGGUGUUUGUCCCCGAGGCUGAGGCGAAGGCUCGGUUGAUGGCACGGAAUGGGGUGACUGAAGAGGAGGCUGGGAAGCGGAUUGCCGCUCAGGUGCGCCCUUGCUACUUGUGUGUGCUGCAGGCUGCACCGCUGCUACUGCUGCAGCAGGUGGGGUGGCAGGAGCGUGGCUGGCAGCUGCAGAAGCUGCCAGCUCCUCCUAAGCUAUGCCAUUACAUGUGCCAAGUCCAUCGUGUGGACCAUCCCAACUCCCUCAAGCUCGCACUCUUCUUCGCCCUUCAUGCCGCCUCCCUUCCCAACCCCACCUCCGCACCCCUCCCUCCCUCCACCACGCAACCACCCACCUCCAAUCACUCUCCACCUGCCAUCCCUUCUCUCACACCCCCCUCGGAGCUUCUUAAUGUCGGAAUGCUUGUCGCUGCAGAGGAGGCACUCCAGCGGUUCGCCAUGGAUGCGGGCCUUUCCCAAGAGAUUUUGCUUGACUCAUCCUCACGCUUGCCCCGUUCUCCCGCUUCUCCCGCUUAUCGUGCUUAUCCCGCCUAUUCAACCGCUUCUUUCUCCGCCGGAGCCUCGGGAUUGCCUUCUUCCGCCGCCUCCCAUUCCGCUUCCCCCUCUGCCUCGGGAUCUCCGCGCUCCUUCCCCUCGUCGUCCUCCUCCGCCUCGAAACUGUCAAAAUGCGCCUCAUUCCCGUCCGCCGCCGCUUCCGAUUCCCCCGCCGCCUCGGGAGAGCGCGCCUUACCUUGCAGCGGCGCGUCGCCCGGCGGCGACGCGGCAGCGGUCGAGCCACAGCGCGCCUCAGCUGGCGGCGCCGCCACAGCAGACUGCGCCGCCUCUCCUGGCGGCGACGCGGCGCCUGGCGGCGAGCGGCAUCUCUUCUGCUUCGGUCUGGGAUACGUGGCAGUGGCGCUGUCGAAUGUGCUUCUAACGAAAGGCUGGCGUGUGUCAGGCACAUGCAGGAGCCACGAGGACUGGCACCGAUUGUGUCACAUGGGCGUACAAGCACACCUGCUGGAGGACCAUGGCACUGACAGCACCUUGUGGCUCCCCCAGGCCGCUCUCUCCACCCUCCACUCUGCCACACACGUGCUCGUCUCCGUCCCCCCUCGCCUCUCUCCUCGCCUCUCUCCUCGCCUCUCUCCUCGCCCCUCAUCCCCUCAGCACGUUGACAUGGUGCUUUCCUCCUGUUGCCAGCACCUGAUGGAGUCUGCCAGGCAUCGGCUCAGGUGGAUCGGGUACCUGUCCUCCACAGGCGUCUAUGGUGACUGGGACGGCCAAUGGGUGGAUGAAGACUCCCCUCCGCGCCCACUCGCGCCGAAGGCAGUUGCUCGCUACGCUGCCGAGAGGGAGUGGCUGGCUUUUCAGGCGCACCUGGGGGAGGCGUUAUCUGGUGCACUUGAGCGAAAGGAGGAGGGCACGAGUCUUCUGGAGCGGAACCAGGGCGAGGGUACUGCUGUUGCUGUUCGUGUGUUCCGGCUCGGCGGAAUUUACGGGCCUUUCCGCAGGUAUCCCAACAUCUGCGCUGCGAUUGGUGCCAGCAUGGACGGCCGUGGCAGCAGUCCAAUCAUCAACAUUGUAGAUGACGAUCCGUCGCCUCGCCGCCACGUCAUGCAGUUCGCUCGCCAGCUCAUCGCCUCGGGAAAAUCAGAUCCCUAUUGGAAGAAGCUGGAGGCUCUGCGGACCACUCUGCCGCCCGGAAUCAUCCAGCGGGGCGGCAGCGGGGCUGUGAGAGACGCGGAGCAAGAGCACAAAAGGACGCUGCGUCCCGCCGUUGCCAAUGCUACUGGCCUAUUUGUUUCCAGUGAGGUGGAGAGAAAUAAAACGGAGCUGGGUACUCGUGUGAAAAAAACAGGGCUGGAGGUAAAUCCCACACAUGAGAAGGCUUUGGGGUCAUGUGGCAUGAUUGAUGGCGGUGGGUUUCGGAUUCCUAAUGGAGAUUCCAAAGAAGACCUUCAACAGGGAUCUCCCAUUCAUGAUAAAAAAAGCGUAACUGAACUCAGCAAUCAAGUCGUCAGCAAGAGCCUGCUGGAUGGGGAGAAAAGGGUAAAAAAUCGUCGGAUGAAGAGUGAAUUGCUUGAGGACCUGCAGUUCCCUUCGUUUGAAGUUGCUCUCAAAACCAUGGCUUCUGGAUAUAUACAACCAUUUGUUGAAGUGUAG